AUGGACGCAUCCGACGAGCGCGAGAACGAUUAUCUGCGCUUUUUGCGUGGCAUGCGGCCAGACGACGCGAGUCUCCAGGCUUCUAUGCCUGAUCUAUCAACGACACAACCGUCCGAAUUAGACUUUCAAACGUCUUUUGAAGGUACGGAUGGACUUCCAGAGAUCGAUCAUGACGGAGCGGAGCUUGCGAGGAUGCUAUUAGCUCAAGCGGAACAAGAGCAAAAGGAUCCCGAUUUAGAAACUGAUGAUGUUUCUCAUGUAGUUGGAGUAGAAGAUGACACGAAUUCAGUGCUUCAGCUCUCAUCUGCACGUGUACGAGCAGCCGCAAGUCAAAAUCGACGCGUAUUUAAGGCACUAAGUACGAAAACAACGGAAAAUUAUGUCGCGACAAAAAAAACUUGUCGGUUCUACAAUAGAGAGCGUGAACGUUGCAAACGUGCGGCAACUGGAUUAGAUGGUCGAUGUGCAAUUCACAAAAUUAGUCAAUUUUGCAAACAUCCAAAAUGCAACAAAUAUAAUCAAGGAAAUGGAUUUUGCAUUCGACAUGGAGGUGGUAAAAAGUGUAAGAAAGAAGGAUGUGAGAAACAAGUACAAGGUUACGGCUUUUGUUCAGGGCAUGGUGGUAAACCUAUGUGUCCUGUAGAAGGAUGUGGGAACAAACGUAUGGAAGGCGGAUAUUGUAAAUCUCAUGGUGGUGGUCGAUUCUGUCAUUUUGAUGGAUGUAAGCGACGUGAUAUUGGUGGUGGCUUUUGUAUCUCACACGGAGGUGGAAAAAAAUGUAAUGCUGCUGAAUGUACUAAAGUUGAUCGAGGUGGUGGAUUUUGCAAAGCACAUGGUGGUGGUAAAAAGUGUGAAAUUGAAAAUUGUAAAAAUUGGGCUCUUGGUGGAGGUAUUUGUGCAGUACAUAAAGGACCAGGAAAACGGUGUAAAAUGCUUGGAUGUACCAAGUAUGAUCUUGGUGGUGGGUACUGUAUUGCUCAUGGUGGAGGUCGCAAGUGUAUUAUUGAAGGAUGUGAGAAGAUUCGACAGGUGAAUAAACGCUGUCGUGGUCAUGGUGGGAAGGUUUUGUGUUGUGUCCCAAAUUGUGAUCGUGCUGCACAGAAUCGAAAAUUAUGUAAAGCACAUGGGGGUACAAAAUUGUGUCAAUUUGAAGGAUGUACAAAUAAACAAAAAGGCAAAGGUAUGUGCAUUCGUCAUGGUGGUGGGACACGAUGCAAAGUGGAAAAUUGUAAUGCAAUUCAACGUGGUGGUGGCUUUUGUAAAGGCCAUGGUGGCGGAAAAAAAUGUGGUUACACGUAUUGUACGAAGUGGGUGAUUGGUGGAGGAUAUUGUGCCACUCAUUUUCCACUCGAGCAACCUGAAGAUCUUGCACGUAUAUCUGCGUCUUCUUAUUUAGCAAGUGAAUCAGUCUAA